AUGAGCCCGUUCUCACUACUUCUCCUGCUCGGGUACGUAACUGCUGUGCUCUGUGAAGACACUUGCGACAAGGACUCCUGCCCAAAGAUGUCGUCUACAAAGGAAAGGACCUUCAUCGCCGUCAAGCCUGAUGGUGUCCACAGGAAUCUUGUUGGGAAAAUUAUCCAACGAUUCGAAGAACGUGGCUACAAACUUGUCGCCCUUAAGAUGAUGACUGCAUCGAAGCAGCACCUUGAGGUCCAUUACCAAGAGCUCAAGGAUAAGCCAUUCUUCCCACACUUGAUCAAGUACAUGGGAUCAGGUCCAGUUGUAGCUAUGGUCUGGCAAGGUUUGGACGUUGUCAAGCAGGGCCGUGCAAUGCUUGGAGCCACAAACCCACUUGCUUCCGCUCCGGGAACUAUCCGAGGUGACUUCUGUAUCCAGACGGGUCGCAAUAUCUGUCACGGAUCGGAUUCGCUGGAGUCGGCUCAACGAGAAAUUGCUCACUGGUUCAAGCCGGAGGAGAUCAAUGACUACGAGAGCCCAUUCAUUGAUUCGUGGGUUUAUGAAUAG